UGUUUUGACCAAAAAAGCUCCUUCACCUGAAUUGCGGAUGAAUGCUGAAAGGGGGCACAGGUUGGGUCAGGGCUAACGCUAGAUGCAAAGACUGACUCGUGUACUUGGGAGCAAACUGUGUAAUUUGGAAAAUUAAAUUAGAUAUAGUGCAGCGCCGAAUUCUUUAAUCUGACGUUAAAAAUCAACCAGCGUCCCUCGUAAUAAUACGAUGCGGGGAUGAUGCGCUACACCAUCAGUGACGCAUUGUGGCUGGACCGAACCCCACAACUUUGGGAUGGAUAAGAAAAAUUUGUGAAUGAACUGAGGUUGAAUAUUCAUUCUUAUUACUGUUGAUAAUUAGAACAUCUGGAGUAUCAUACUUUGAGCCAAUCACAUUCGCUUGGGGGAGGUACUAGAACACAUAAAUGAGGUGAACUGUACAAGACAGAACGUUGUCCGAGCGCCAGGUUCUGGAUGGACACCGAGGCCCAAUCUGAGCUCUGCUUUCCACAGCUGGCCAACCUCUCCUGCAGGAAGCCAUCGUCUGGUUUAUCCGAAGGUGUUCUUUUCAAUGUUCUGAUGCCCAUCAUUUGCGUCUUCACUGUGCUGCUCAACCUGCUCGUCAUCAUCUCAAUCUCCCACUUCAGGCAGCUCCACACUCCCACCAACUUCCUCCUCCUCUCUCUUGCCGUCGCGGACUUGCUGGUGGGCCUCCUGCUGAUACAAGGAUGCACCUUUGGUAUAUCAAACUGCUGGUUUCUCGGGGACAUCCUGUGUUCCCUGUAUAGCCUAAUGACAUUCUCGGUGACGGCCGCCUCCAUAGGCAACAUGGUGCUGAUAUCGGCUGACCGCUACGUGGCAAUUUGUGACCCUCUGCAAUAUAACAUCAAAGUCACUGUGAAAAGAAUUCGAAUCGCCGUUUGUCUCUGUUGGUUCUUAUCUCUUCUGUACAACUGCAUCAUUUUCACUGACCAACUGGUGCAACCGGGCAAGUACAACUCUUGCUACGGAGAGUGUGCUGUCACUAUUGACUACCAUGCAGGUCUUUUUGAUUCACUUGUGACUUUCAUUCUUCCUCUGAGCAUCAUCGUCGCUCUGUACACGAGAGUGUUUGUGGUUGCUGUGUCUCAGGCCCGAGCUGAGCGCUCUCGCGUUAAAUGUGUCAAACUGCGACAUUCUGCCCCUUUCAGAGCAAAGAAAUCCGAAUUGAAGGCGGCCAGAACGCUUGGUGUUCUCGUUCUUUUCUUCCUCUUGUGUUUCUGUCCAUACUACAUUGUCUUCAUCACUACUGACAGCAGAAUCAUAACUCCACUUCAGAUUUCUGUUCUUUAUUUAUAUUCUUUCAACUCAUGUGUGAACCCCCUGAUAUACGCCCUGUUCUACCCGUGGUUCAGAAGAGCCGUUCGACAAAUUGUCAAUCUGCAGAUAUUGCAGCCUGGCUCCUGUGAGGCCAGCGUGCUGUAGACUCAA